AUGCCUAAACUUAAAAUCUUGAUCCUUCAUUCAACAGCUGAUGAUCUAUCCAUCGUUAUCGAAAAAAUUCGCAAACUACAUUCAAAAUCCGGCCCCUUUGACAAUGUAAUUCUACUUGGGGAUAUCGAGAGCUGUAUCUAUGAUAUAGAUUUGAGUGGACUGCCACCAUUAGUAUCAUUUGGCCCCUUAUCAACAAGUGAUAAAGAGGGAUUACAAAAUGUUACCAUUUUACGAGGAUUUGGUGUUCAUGAGACACCUUCAGGAUUGCAGGUCGGUUUUAUCCAAUUCGAUGAUAAAGAAUUAGAACAGAACAGGUCAUUUAUUCUUGACAAAUUUAGCAAUCUUAAGGGACCAUUAGACAUUCUUAUUUCACGCCAGUGGAGCGAGUGCAUCGCAGACAGAGAGAGUACUACACUGGGGCAUGAAGUGAUUGAUAAAGUCAGUACAGAAUGUCAGCCGCAGUACCAUUUUUCAUACGAUGAUCCAGACCAUUUUUUCGAGCUGGAACCUUUCAUGUGGGAAACCAGCAAAAUAUACACAAGAUUCAUAAAUGUCCCAAGUUUCAAUUCAGGCAAAAAAUGGGCUUAUGCAUUCAAUAUUUAUACCGGCACUGAUUUAGACAGAUAUGUGAAACCUCCGAAUUUAAUAGAGAAUCCCUAUCGCAGUAAAAAACGUUCAUUGGAAGCGACCGCAACAGAUGAAUUGGCACAAAAAAAACUUAAGACAAUUCUACCCAGCAAUUGUCAUUUUUGCUUCACCAACCCAAAUGUGGAAGAUCAUAUGUUUAUAUCUAUCAGCAGUACUGCGUAUUUGACCAUUGCUAAAGGCCCUUUGUCAGUGCCCAGAGGUGAAAUGAACUUUUCUGGACAUUGUCUUCUUGUACCGAUUGAACAUAUACCGAAAGUUAAACUCAUCGAUGACGAUUCUCAAGCAGCAAAACUUUUAGAGGAUCUCAAUUCCUAUGAACGGAGUAUAGUCAAAAUGAACUAUAGAAAAUUUGAUAUGUCGACAGUUGUCUUUGAAAUACAUUCUGAUAACUCUAUCCAUUUUCAUAAGCAGCUAAUUCCAGUUCCUAAGUAUUUGAUAAUGAAAUUCAGCCAGGCUCUGGAUAGGCAGUUGUCUCUCAAUAACGAGAAAUAUUUGAAUAAUGGGAAAUUGGAUUUUAAGCUCUUCAAAUCGAAUAAAGACAAAGAAUAUAUAAGAAUUGCUGAUGACAGAAAGAAUAACUACUUGCAAUUCACUGUCUACCCAACAAAUGAGGCAGAACCAGAAGUUUAUUUAAGUUUAUUUGAGCCAAAUAAUAGGAUGGAUUUACAAUUCGGGAGAAGAGUCCUGGCAUUUCUGCUGCGACUACCGAAAAGAGUGAUUUGGAAUUCACCAAUAUGCAAACAGAGCAAAGAACAAGAAGAAAAAGAAGUCUUGCAAUUUCAAAAAAGUUAUGCGGAGUACGAUGUAGCCAAAUAA